AAUUGCUCGGUGUUUUUUGAUUUAUUUAAGUGGAAAAUUAACUUAUUUAUAUUUAUAAAAAUAUAAAACAAAACCUAUAAAUAGUGUUGAAAAAAGUUAACUAUUAAUAAAACAGAACAAAUGUUUAGAAAAAGAAAAAAAUAUAAAACUUCUUAAAGCUGAGAGAAAAAAAGGAAAACAUACACACACCCAGGCCAAACCAACGCGACAAAUCUUUUGUGUGUGUUUUUUUAUUGUUGUACUUGGUAUUUUGUUAUUGUUGUCAACAAUUAACCAGCCACUAAAGAGUUGUAUUGCUUAAUUUUAUAAUUGUAGUGGAAAAAAUAUACAAAUAAAAAAAAGUAAAAGUAAUUUUAAAAAACGUUCAAGACUUGGUGAAUAAUUAAUUAAUUCCAUGAGAACAGGCUGGUGAAGGAAAGCAAAAUAAAAGAGGAAAAACAUACGACAAAAGAGAAAGAAAAGUAAAGAGAGAACAUAAACAUGAAUUUAAAAGGGAGUACCCUGUUAAGGUUACUCCUACAUCUUAUAACCUUCCUGGGCUGUCAGCAGUACAUGGUCGCUGCCACUCAUCUCAAGGGUUCUUUUGAUACACAAGAUUUUUUCAAAUUCAUCAUUAAGUUUGGUUUUCAAAAGGCCGAACUGCAUCGACCACAAGAUUCCUUUGGCUAUAUUUAUGGCAAUGUCACCUCUACGCAAGAAUUCCAUCAACCUGUCACACUGGUAGUUUUGGACAAAUCCACUUUUGUGGACUUCUACAACAAUCGUAGUCUUAGUAUUUAUGCCCGCGAAUUGGCCUGCCAGCAUAUGUUCCAGCGUGUCCAAGUGUUGGCCUACGAUGUCGACUGUAAUGCCCAUGGCAAGCGUGAUUUUCUGAGGCGCAUACCCUGUCCUCAGGGCCAGUUGUGUGUGGAUGAGGAUGCUCCCAGCAAUGUUAUUGCGGAUAGUCAAUUUACCUACGUUAUCAGUGAGGUAUCCCAGCCAAGAUUCUGGUACGUUGCCAUGGUAGCAUGUUAUCGCAAUCGCACCACCUGUAAAUGGCAUGCUUACGAUACUUUAACAGCGCCUGCCUCCUUUCUUAACAACAGCAUUACCGAAGUACACUAUGAUAUACAUGUGGUGAAUGGACAUCCAAAUAAUUCAGCCGCCCAUCCACUAACCUAUGAAUUCUCAUUCGAUCGUCAGAAUCUUUUAGAAAUGUAUUUAAUAUUCCUACUAGUCUACAUGAUACUCCUGCCAAUGCAAAUCUAUGCUGUGCGUUUACAAAAGCAUCCGGUAACAAAACUGUUCACGCUGAGUCUGUUAAGUGAGUUUGUUAGUUUAGCACUGAUAUCAGCGCAUCUGAUAAAGUUUGCCAUAAAUGGCAAGGGUUUGCCAAAUGUACAAACAUCGGGUGACAUAUUAGAUAUAUUUAGUAGGACUACAUUUAUGUUAAUUUUAUUGUUAUUGGCCAAAGGAUGGGCUGUGACACGUCAACAAAUUAGCCGCACUGGCUGGAUAAUCUUAAUGAGUAUAUGGGUACCCUACUGUGCUUUUCAUGUGUUCCUUUACUACUGGGAUAGAACUGAGGUUGAUAUUAUUUCCGAUGUUGAUGAAUAUCAAACCUGGCCCGGCUGGAUUGUUUUAAUAUUGCGCACUACCUUUAUGUUGUGGUUUUUGUAUGAGCUACGCAACACCAUGAAAUAUGAGCAUUCGACCAAGAAAUUGGAUUUUCUUUUACAUUUGGGCGCUUCAAGUCUUGUGUGGUUUAUUUAUUUGCCCAUUGUGGCCAUAGUGGCUUUACAGGUCAGUCCCAUGUGGCGUUAUAAACUUUUGCUGGGCAUUACCAACUCCGCCGACUGUUUGGCAUAUUGUGUCAUGACGGGUUUAUUGUGGCCAAAUCGUUCUGGACAAUAUUUACUUUUAACUGGUACAAAAUAUGCAGGCAUGGACGAAUUAGAUGAAUUCAAUGAAGCUCCCCACAUAGUCAGAGAACGUGAACGUCGACAGAAUUCUAUAGACAACAAUAUUAUUGUUGUUACAAAUCCUAAUACCACCAUAAGACCUAAUUUACCAAACGGCGAUGCCUGCACUGAUUUGCUUGAAGCUGAAGAUUUAGAUGCAGAACUUCUAACAGAUCUAAAUAAAAAUAGUCAUAUUGUGGCAUAAAAUCUUUUUCCAUUAAUAGACUUAAAGCGAAAAAACACGUAUUGUCACAAUACAAACAAAACAACAAAAGUUAUAUUAUAAAUGUGCGCAAUUACUAAAUAGUGCUUAUGAUUAAAAGAAAAGGUUUUUAUUUUGAAAUUGUGUAAUACUUUUUACAAUCAACCCACAAACAACAAACACAAGGAAAGACAAACAAAAAAAUAAUAGUUUUAACUAAUUUUAUUGUGUUUUUUUUUGUAAAAAAGAAAAAGAAAUAAGCAUUUGCCAAAUGCAAAAAAAAAUAAUACAACGUGAUAAUCUUGUUUAUAACUUGAAUGAAAUUUCCCAAAAUUUUCUUAAUUUUCACUAAACCAACAAACAUACAAAAAAAAAUUAAUUAAUUAAGCAACGAAAUAAUUAUGUUACAAUUUAAAUUUAUAUACAACAAACUAAAUGCAACAAUUUAUAAACUGUGUAUAUUAUAAAUAUUUGUAUAUUUAGUUUACUAUAAACAAUUUCCUUUAUAAAUUUCCCCACUCAACUCAACUAAAAUCACCUCAUCCUCUCUAUGCCCUUACUAACUAACACUUCAUUACAAAACUUUCAUUUACUCUUUUUUUAUAAAUAUAGCAUGCCAUUUUUUGUGAUUUAUUAACGAAAUUAAACCUACAAAAUGAAAAAGGAAAAAAAAAGAAAGAUAAAUUAUUAAGGUAGUGUUAUUAUUAUUACUAUAUUAAAAAUAUUUUUUUCUAAGAAAAUAUCAAAUAUGUUUACAACAUAUUAGUUUUUAAUGUACAUUAUUUUAUAAGAUCUUUAAGAUUUGAAAGAAAAAAUAUUUUAACUAAACAAACAAACAAUUAUCUAGACAUUCAUAUAAUAUUUUAGUUAUUUCAUUAACAAAGAAAUAUUUUUAAAAAAAAUCCACACAAAUUAAAUACAUUAUAAGAUACUGUGAAGAAAAAACAAAACAAAACAUUAGUAUUAAUUAUUGUUUGUUUUUUUUAUUUAUUUUAGGAACGUGUUUUAGCAAACAAAAGCCAAAUUGUAGUAUUGAAACGUAAUAUAAGAAUGAAGUAAAGUACAUUAUUGUUAAAUGGGCUCAAAACAA